UGAAAAUAAAACAGCCUUUGAAAUCCUCAACAUGAAUACAUCAAUAGAAAAUUUUGAAGUUGACUGUUCCAAAUCAGGAAGACACAAUUACUUAUUCAUCACUGUCCCAAUAAUUUACAGCAUAAUAUUUGUCAUAGGAAUAUUUGGAAAUAGUGUUGUGGUCAUCGUUAUUUAUUGCUACAUGAAAAUAAGGACAGUGGCCAGCAUAUUUUUGAUGAAUUUAGCCAUUGCAGAUUUGUGUUUUGUGAUCACGUUACCUCUAUGGGCAGUCUAUACAGCCAUGCACUACGAAUGGCCUUUCGGAAGCUUUUUGUGCAAACUGGCAUCAGGAGCAAUUACAUUAAAUUUAUACACCUCUAUCCUUCUGCUUACAUGUCUCAGCAUUGACCGAUACAGAGCUAUCGUGCACCCAAUGAAAUCCCGCAUACGCCGCACCAUGAUGUUUGCCAAGAUAACUUGUAUUGCAAUAUGGAUUCUUGCAUGUUUGGCUAGCCUCCCCACAUAUAUCUUUCGGAAAGUAAUCCUUCUUAAAGAAGCAAACAUAACAGUGUGCGCUUUUUACUACAAGUCCAAUGAAACACAUAAUGUGUUGAUUGGAAUGGGAAUCACAAAGAAUGUUCUUGGGUUCUUUAUUCCUUUCUUGAUCAUUUUGACAAGCUACACAUUUAUUGGGAAGACACUUAAGUUAACGUUCCAAGGGCAAAGAAGCAAUACCAGGAAUGAUGAUAUACUUAAAUUGAUAGUGGCAAUUGUUCUGGUGUUCUUCUUCUGUUGGCUUCCACAUCAAGUGUUUACUUUCCUGGACAUUUUAAUCCAGCUGGGAUACAUAAAAAGCUGUGUAGUAGAAGACAUUGUAGACUCGGCCAUGCCAAUUACUAUAUGCAUUGCUUACUUUAACAGUUGCCUGAACCCAUUCUUAUAUGGGUUUUUUGGAAAAAAUUUCCGAAAGCACUUCCUUCAACUCCUUAAAUACAUACCGCCACAGCUAAGGACACAUGCAACUCUAAACACGAAAACGAGUACUCUUUCUUAUCGGCCUUCAGACCAUAACAGAGCCUCAGUCAAAAAUCCUUUGAAGAUGAGUGAACAUGAAGAAAUAAUUGCAGGGGAUACCUAGAAUGGUAAAUGUUAGAGGCUGUAAGAAAUAGCAUUAAACUACAGUGGAGUGGAGAUG